AUGAAGAGCAACCUCCUGGGAAAGAAAAAGGACCUAUUUUUGAUGUACCCCAGAAAGUCUGCCAAAGUUGCUUAUCAAGGAUUAAAGGAGUUAGUUAAAUUUGGAAAGUUUGCUGAGAUUGAAGACACUCCUACUGUUAGUUCAACAAAUGAUGAGGUUGCCGACGAACACGUGGCACCCAAACUAAAGUUUCAAUUCGCCUCUGAAGAGAUUAAGUUAUUUGAUGAUGAAGAAGAUCAAGAGGAUCAAGAAAAUGAAUUAACAAAAAAUGAGUUUGAAGAUUUUAUUCAUCAAAGUAUCUCAUAA